AUGAAGAGAACUCAGGGUGAUGACCGAAUGAAAUGCACCAGAUGCGGACGAUCUGGGCAUGUGGCUCGUGAGUGCUUUGCUAACAACACAUUGGAUGGAGUCAAGCUGGAAGGAUUCUUUAAAUGCGGAGAACAGGGACACUUCAAGCGGAACUGUCCCAAGAUGAAAGGUCAGAAUGCUAGAGGAAGAGCAUUUGACCUGAAUGCUGGGAAAGCUCGUGAUGAUCCUACAGUUGUUACCGGUAUGUUCUUAAUCAAUAACCAUUAUGCGUUCGUGCAAUUUGAUACUGGAGCUGACUUGAGUUUUGUUUCGAAAAACUUUGAACCAUUUCUGUGUUCUCAAGCAAGUAAGCCAGAUAAAAAGUACUCAAUAGAAUUAGCAAAUGGUAAAUUAAUAGAAACCAGUGAAGUCAUGCAUGGUUGUAGUAUUCGGUUGAACGAUCAUAGUUUUAGUAUUGAUUUGUUACUAGUGGAGCUGGGUAGUUUCAAUGUAGUGGUUGGGAUGGACUGGCUAUCCAAGAAUAAAGCUGAGAUUAUUUGUCCGGAGAAACUAGUGCGGAUACCCCGCUCUGGCGGUGAAGCAAUAGUGAUUCAUGGAGAUCGAAAAAGUUUGAAAUCGAGAAUCAUUAGUGUUAUGAACAAGCAUAAGAUGUUGCGCAAGGGUUAUCUUGCAUUCUUGGUAAACAUGGUGGAUACGAAGAUUGAAGGAAGAAAGGUUGGAGAAAUUCAUGUAGUUCGUGAGUAUCCAGAAGUUUUCCCUGCCCCCUGCUAG